AUGUCAGCUCCAAAUGAAGCCUUCUACCUAUUUCCCAAACUCCCACCCGAGAUCCGUCUGGCGAUCUGGCGCGAGUGCCUCCCUUACCCCCAUGUCAUGGAGCUCGACUACCAACAAGAAGAAAUCAUAUGGGACGAAGAUCCUCAAUGCCGAAGGAACGGAAGAAUAACAUCGAUUAAUGCGGGCCCUCCCCUGAUUUCGCGCGUUUGCCGAGAGUCAAGAGCCGUUGCAUUCGAGCGCGGCCACCCUCAACUACUCCCGGACCCUAAUGUCCCGGAUACGGACGACUUCUGCAAAUACAUGCCUCGAAACCCUUGGCUUGAUACAGCACGCGAUAUAGUCCACCUCAACUGGGAGCCAUGGGUUGAUAUUGAUUGGGGAACAUAUGAGAUGGGCGAUCCAGUUCGCUGUCUCAUGUGGUAUGCGGCGCUGACUAGGUGCCGCGAACACUCUAUCAUGAUAGGCCUUUUGCAAACAUUUCAAGGCCGUAAAAACCCCGAUCAACCUGAUCCUCAAUACAGGUGGACGCGGGCUGAGCUUGCAGACCUGAUGCGCACACGGCCAAGUUGGACGGUCGUCGUUUUACCACCUGUUGUAAUCCAUGCCAACGCUAAGACUGGUGCGGGCUUAUUUGGUCUUCUGACUGACGCGCGCGUGCAACUUGUUGAUGCGGAUGACGAGGCAAGGGUAGCCAAGUUUGUUGCACUGGGUGAGGCGUGUAAUGUUACUAUUGGGGCGCGGGUGGGGAAAAAGGAGCUAGCUUUGGCCAAAGAGGAGUUGCGUGAUGCAGUUAGUUGGUUUUUUGGGUCUGAGGACAAGGCUCCUGUGAUGCGUCCCGUUGUCAUGUUUCGGCUCUGCACUGGAACAGAAUGCCAGCCUUUUUAUUGCAAAUAG